AUGUAUUCAGUGAAUCCGGCACAACAAGAAUUAUUCCAUUUACGGCUAUUAUUACUAACUGUGAAAGGAGCGACAAGUUAUGAGAACUUGCGUAAAGUAAAUGGAGAACUUGCAUCAUCAUUUACUGAAGCCUGUCUCAAACGGGGUUUGAUAUCAGAUGAUUCUGAAUGGUAUAGAGCAUUGCAUGAAGCUGAAAUCUGGAUGAUGCCUCUACAAAUGCGGAGAUUAUUUACUCGUAUUCUGGUGCAUUGUAAUCCUUUAUAUCCAGAACAAGUAUGGGAUGAAUUCAAAAUAGCAAUGUCAGAAGAUUUCUCUCGUGAAAUGGAUCCAAUGCAAAGAGAAAUUAAAGCUCUACGACAAAUAUACACGUUUCUGGAAGAUGAAGGAAAAAAUCAAGCAGAUUUUCCAUCAAUGCCAUCUCUUAUAGAAAGUGAUAAUCGUAAUCACAUCAAUGAAGUAGAUUACGAUAAAAUAAUGGAAAUUGGAAUAACACAAUACAAAAAAUUGAAUGAACAACAGAAGAUCAUAAUUGAUACAAUCAUUGAAAGUAUAAAUGGAUUAUCCUCAGAAAAAACAUUUUAUAUUGAUGGACCAGGAGGAUCAGGCAAAACAUUUAUAUAUAUCACAUUAUGGCAUUUACUCACUGGUCAGAAAAAGAAAGUCAAUACUAUGGCUUUCACUGGAAUAGCUGCUACAUUGUUACCAUAUGGUAAAACAGUCCACAAGACAUUAGGAUUACCUGUUCCGUUGUACGUCGACUCGACAUCAACCAUCAAAAUAGGAACAAAAGAAGCAAAUGUUUUGAAAGAAACAAAUAUUUUCAUUUGGGAUGAAGCACCUAUGGCACCACGAUAUGCAUUGGAAAUAAUGAAUCGACUCCUACAGGAUAUUAUGGAUAACACACUACCAUUUGGAGGAAAAAUAGUUAUAUUGGGUGGAGAUUUUAGACAACUACUUCCAGUAAAUAUUCGUGGUACUCGUAGUGAAACAGUAAACUUAUCCAUCAAAUUCAGUUCAUUGUGGCCAAUUUUUAAAAUAUUCAAAUUAACUACAAAUAUGCGUACACUACGUGAAGAGAAAGAAUUUUCUAAAUUUCUACUACAAGUUGGAACUGGAGAUUUGAAUGAUGAACAAGAUAAUCUGGAAUUACCCAAAUUCUGUACCUAUAAUGAUGACAUUGAUAUUGCAAAAGAUAUCUACAAAGAUGUACUUGGAAAGAAAAAAUUCAAAGAAGCCUCAAAAUAUGCAGUAUUAGCAGCAAGAAAUUUAGAUGUCAAUGAAAUCAAUCAACAAGUUGUUGGUUUAUUGGAUUUAGCUACUGAGCACAUAUAUACCAGUGUGGAUA